GUCUUGACUAAGAACUGUGAAGAUCAGUCAUGCCCCGGGCAAGAGCAACGUGUCAAGUAUGCAGCCAAAAUGAGAGCAAAUACACCUGCUCGAAGUGUAUGAUCGUAUACUGCAGUGUGAACUGCUAUAAAGCACACAAAGAUCGCGCAUGCUCUGCUGCUACUACUCAGGGGUCUUCUGCUACUACUCAGGGGUCUUCUGCAGCCACAGUUGACCCUGGAAUCUCGCAAUCCCGCACAAGCGGGGGAAUAGGACAUAAGGGCACAUUUGAUGCCAAAGUUCCCUCUCCGCUGCGUCCCCUGACGUCUCUAAAGUGGCCAUAUAUCCCUGAAGAACCAUCAUAUGAGGAUCCGCUGAAAAGAAAUGAUCCCAAGCCUCUUCGGAUGCAUCAGUAUGAAGCUAUAGCCACGUCUCCGGCAGUCCGGAAGGCCCUGACGGCUCAUCCAUCCCUUCCAGUCCUUCUGCGUCAAAUUGAUGCACUACGAGGACAAGAAAGAGAAGAUGCUUUGCAGGAGGCCCUAGGGGUUGGGGCUGCCGAUGACCUCGGGCUGUCUGCAUCAAGACAUACGCAUGGGCGCUCUUCUGAACCGCUUGUCAAGACCGAUGAGGAGCGUGAUGCGUUGAGGGCGCUGGCGGAGGCCGUCGAGAGCGCUGUAAGAGGUGGUCAGGAUGGAGUUCUCGGGCUAGACUGGGAGGGAGGGACGUGAUGCUUCUCCGCCUCGCGAUGCUGCCGCAGGGUCAUCCCCAGUCUCCCGUAGGCAGACCGAAACACCUCCCUUGUAGACGAAGAGCGCAUCAUUAUCACCCAUGGCAAAGGACAACCCCGGACAUCAAAUUCGAGCACGAUAUAUCCAAGAUUGCAGGGGUGACCAC